AUGGUUUCUCUCAAAUUCUUUCUUGUCUUCCUCACUCUUGGAGCCGAGACCCUUGCGGCUGCCAGCCCCUCUCUGGUCUGCGCAACCGACCUUGGAACAAAGUCCAAAAGAAAUGACCCUACUUCAACUGCCACAACUAUGAAGCACAUCACUGUUGUCAAGAAGGUUAUCCGAAAGGUUAAUGUAGUAGUGGUUCCAGUAGCCAAGACUACUACUGUACGGACCACUGAGUAUACCACGACUAUUGUCGUAGCUGGUCCUGAAACCGAGACUAAGACCUCCACAGAAACCACGGAUGUGAUUAUUACCGCAAGGAGGACCAAUACCCUUACUACUACAAGCACAACCACCACCGUCUCGACCGACUAUUUCGUUACGACAAAAGCCAGAAAAGCUAGUUUCACAGCCAUCCUGGACAAUGCCAAGCUGAAGGACCGAGCUGUCAAGAACGUUGCCGCUGUGAAGCUUCUUACUGAAAAUGACCCCCUCUAUCCUCAACGUGUCCGGUGCACCAAAGAGGUCCCGUCUUACACCACCAAGGUCGUCACCACCACAGUUCAAGGACCGCGAACCACGCUUAAGCCCGUCACCAAGACCAAGAUGUCCACGAUUAUCAGCACCAUAACAACUACUGAAUGCCCUGAGUGUAGCACGACUGUUACAGUGACUGAAGAAGAGACCAUGACAACUAUGACAGUCUACACACGGGCCAGUACAGUGAUUCAGACUGUCACCAUUGAGAUGCGAAUCCCUCAAGAGACCGUCUACGCCGCCUGCGAUGCCAGCAACAUCCUCUCCACCGACGGGGAAGGCGGCAAUGUCGUAGGUAUCGCCGAUGCAACAUCAGAUACUACGCCUACUGUCAUCGGAGAUAACUACUCAGCAACAUCUUGUUGUUCCGAGUGCGCUAAGCGACCAAACUGCCGUAUCAGUAUGCUUGGAAGAAUCGCCGGAUUGGCUUCCACAAAGGCAUCGACCUGCUCAAUCUUUCUCACUGACGAUACAUCCAAGUGCGCGAACGGGAAGCAGCCCGUGUUUGCCAAAUACAUUACCUCUGAUGCAGAGCCGGCUCAGCCGCGAUAUGUCUAUAGUAAUGGGCCUUGUGGCCAGCUAGUUAAAGGCAGUGUAGCUUCAUGA